GCUUUUCGGCUUUCCCGUGCUUUGACGGCUCGUGCGUAUGCGAGUGUGUGUGUGUGCGUGUAUGCUAUUUGUGCCAACAACAACUAAUUUCUCCGUGUGCAACAAAUUCGCGAUCUAUUUUACUGGAAUUAAGCCCAUUUUUUAACUACAUCAUGGCCUAUUCAAAUAAGUUUAUUUACGCGACUUUGCCCCGGACACAGCGUGGCCAACCGAUCGUGCUGGGCGGUGAUCCGAAGGGCAAGAACUUCCUCUACACGAAUGGCCAUUCGGUGAUCAUUCGCAACAUUGAUAAUCCCGAAAUUGCGGACAUCUACACGGAACACUCGUGCGCGGUGAAUGUGGCCAAGUACUCGCCGAGCGGGUUUUACAUCGCUUCCGGCGACCAGUCGGGCAAGAUACGCAUCUGGGACACGGUGAACAAGGAGCACAUACUGAAGAACGAGUUCCAACCGAUCGGUGGACCGAUCAAGGACAUUUCCUGGUCGCCGGACAGCCAGCGGAUCGUGAUUGUGGGCGAGGGUCGUGAGCGGUUCGGGCAUGUGUUUAUGGCGGAAACGGGCACCUCGGUGGGCGAGAUUUCGGGCCAGUCGAAACCGAUCAACUCGUGCGAUUUCCGGCCGGCGCGCCCAUUCCGGAUCAUUACCGGCAGCGAAGAUAACACGAUCGGUGUGUUCGAAGGACCGCCGUUUAAGUUCAAGAUGACGAAGCAGGACCACACGCGGUUCGUGCAGGCCGUCCGUUACUCGCCGAGCGGUCAUCUGUUUGCGUCGGCCGGGUUCGAUGGAAAGGUGUUCAUGUACGACGGUACGACGUCCGAGCUGGUCGGCGAGGUUGGUUCGCCGGCCCACAGUGGCGGUGUGUAUGGGGUGGCCUGGAAGCCGGACGGUACGCAGCUGCUCACCUGCUCCGGCGACAAGUCGUGCAAGCUGUGGGACGUUGAGACGCGCACGCUUAUUAGCGAGUUCCCGAUGGGUAGCACGGUGGACGAUCAGCAGGUGUCGUGCUUGUGGCAGGGAAACCACAUCCUGUCGGUGUCGCUGUCCGGUUUCAUUAACUACCUCGAUGUGAACAAUCCCACCAAACCGCUGCGCGUCGUGAAGGGUCACAACAAACCGAUCACGGUGCUGACGCUUAGCGACGAUCGUAGCACGAUCUAUACCGGCAGCCAUGACGGUGCCGUCACCAACUGGAAUUCGGGCAGCGGAACCAACGAUCGGGUGGCGGGUGUCGGGCACGGUAACCAGAUCAACGAUAUCCGGGCUGCCGGAGACUUUGUGUACACGGCCGGUAUCGAUGAUUCGAUCAAGCAGAUCAGCGUCGAGGGGAAUACGUACACGGGCGUCGAUUCGAAGCUGGCCUGCCAGCCCCGGGGCAUGGAUAUACUGAAGGAAAGCAACACGAUCGUGGUUGGGUGCGUGAAGGACAUUACGGUGCUGCAGGACAACCGGAAGGUGUCGUCCGUGCCGAUUAGCUACGAAUCGAGCAGCGUCAGCAUUAACCCGGAAACGAUGGACGUGGCCGUCGGUGGGGACGAUAGUAAGGUGCACGUGUACACGCUGCACGAGGGCCAGCUGACGCACAAGCUGGAUUUGGAGCAUUUGGGCCCGGUGACGGAUGUGCGCUACUCGCCGGACAACAAGCUGCUGGUGGCUUGCGAUGCCAAUCGGAAGGUGAUCCUUUACAGUGUGGCUGAGUAUAAGCCUCCGCACAACAAAGAAUGGGGCUUCCAUAAUGCGCGUGUCAACUGUGUAGCGUUCUCGCCCAACUCGGAGCUCGUGGCGAGCGGUUCGCUCGAUACGACCAUCAUCAUUUGGUUCGUGAACAAACCGGCCCAGCACACGAUCAUUAAGAAUGCCCAUCCACAGUCGCAAAUUACGGGCCUGGUUUGGCUGGACAACGAAACGCUCAUCUCGACCGGGCAGGACUGCAACACGAAGGUUUGGAACAUUGAGAAUGUCGCAUAAGCCAAAAGAUACCUCCCGCAAUAGAUCCCCCCCCCAGCUCCUGCGCGUGCGGAUAGCUAGCUAGGCUAGGGGUUACAAACACAUUUUCACUUGCUAAAGAACGGACGAGAGUUAGGGAUUGUCACAUAGUGGUUACAUACGCAUACACUUUUGUAUUUAUUUUGUGAAACAUUUUUGUGUUACCGCAUCACCACACCGCUCGCACGCGGUUGGGAAGGAUGCGUCAAUAGGAAAAAAAAACAGUGUUUUUGAGUGUGUGUCUGUGUGUGUGCGUGAGUUUGAAUUUGUGUUCCUCUUCGUUCUCUCGUUUAUCCAUUCUGGUUGUUGAUUUAAUCAUCGUAUUAUUACCGUUCCGUAUUUGCCAGCCCGAGUAUUGCAGAAAAUCGAGUUUGCAGAGAAUUCUUUGCAUCCUAGCAACCAGGAAAAAUUGGAAGCGAUUUGCCGUGCUGCUAUGCUAGUUUUGCAGGGUUUUCCUUCCUCGUUUUGUUUAGUCCUUUAAAGGUUGAUUUUCAAAAUAACUGUUUUUACAUGGUUCCACCUGAUUAUAACAAUGCCCAUUUCGUGAUAAAAUGCAAUAUUAGCAAGUUACGACUUAUUAAUGUCUCAUCGGAAACGGUGCAUUGUUUUAACCAUGUAGAAAAUUGUACCUCUGAAGACAUUUGCCAAGGUUCGUCCCGUAUCUUGCAUAGCCCUUGAUUUUUCUACUGAUUUCAUGCCUUUUUCACUACCACCAACAAAACUCCUUGCCAUGUUUUGCACACCAAUAACUACCAAAAGUCUUAUCGGGCAGGGGUUUCUCGAGAGAAAAAGAGAGAGAGGCUUAAAGGAACAGUAACAAAAAAAGAAACAGGGAAGUAGCAUCGCGCUAGAAAUUGCAUUUAAUUUAUUAUCUGUUUGUUUUAUCGAAAAAAAAAAGAAAACUUCAAACACCCAUAGCCUGGCGCUUCAUCUACGUAUCCUUCCAUCUAGAGCUCGGUGGAGGUUAUCGGAACGGCAUACAUCGGAUCCAUGUUGAUUUGAUAACGGACUAUCGAUGAAUUUGCUCCAAAAGCGAACAUAGUAAGCGGACGAAAGCAAAACGCAAAAAAUCAUGAUCAAUCUUGUCCUACAUAUACAAGCAAUUUUUUUAAGCUAAUAAAGUGGAGUUUUUUUUUUCAAUAGCCAA